GAGCACAUGUUCGGAACCAUCUGCUGUGAGUGUGUUUGGUGGGAGUGACUGUGAAGAAACACGAAGUGGGGUUUGCAUCCUGUUGUGGAAGUGCAAGUAAGAACAUUUGCAUGUCUUUUUUCCCUCCGUAACGUCCAUUUACUUUCGAUCGGCGCGUUAUUUACAUUUGCAUCCAUCGAUGAUGCAAAUUAGCGGUAAUUCAGGGAGUUAAUGAAUGUCGAGCUGGCGGAUCUUCAUUCAUUCUGGGCUGCAGGCCGUCCGCUGCUGCUCUUUGUUACAGAGGAGAAAAGCAGCGAAUGCUCAGCUCACCGUGGCGUGUAACGCACGGAAAAAGCCUCUCAAAUGAAUGUUCGACACUUUACAGAGCAUUCUGAUGAAGAAAUUCACUCAUAGUUUUCUUUGUAGACGCGAUUGAGUGUCGUAUGUACGCGCUCCUCUACAGCAAAGACCAGCGGAAUGGGAAAAAGCAAGUUCCUCAUAAGGAUAAUGGAUUUGAACCCUCAAUAAGUCACUUCAUUUUUUAAUAUUUAAAGGAUCAAGACAUUAACAUGUUUUAAUGCAAGUGCAUAGACGUGGACUCGAUAAAAACGUAUAUUUAACAUAUCAACUGGUGUUAGUAAGUAAAAACACACCUUUGUUUCAUUUGCCUUACGCUGGGUGAUAAAUAAUUUCAGCACAUAAUAAAUCAUAAUCUUGGGGAAAAAAAUCUCAAUUGUUCGCAUCCAAGUAGGGCUGGGCAAUAUGGGAAAAAGUUUAUCACGAUACAUUUACAUUUAUUAACAUAUAUCACAAUAUAAAAAGUGAAAUUUGCAACACAAUAAGCUACUGCAUCUGUAAGGUCUUUGUGUCUCUUUUGUUUGAUUGUUUUGUGUGUCCACUUCUGACCAAUCAGAUUUUGUGUUGUUGCGACGUCAGGUUUACCGGUAUAUCCGACACAGCCAACCGGCUGAUUGUUUACGUGUCGGAGAACAGAGUGAUUUUUGAUAAAAGACACAAACAUUACAAAGAUAACCACCUGAAGGACAACAUAGCGUCGGAUUUCUCAUAUGACGGUGGUUUGUGUGCCUUAACAGUUUGCUUAACGCCUUUGUUUUAAUUUUUAUCUGUGCUAACGUAAAACUAACGGUUGUUACCAUAGUUUCAUGUGCUUAUCCUGUCGCCUCUGAUUGGCUAAAAGUGCUGACCGUUUGGCUUGAGCGUGUGAUGACGUUUCCAGCUUUUCUAGCCAAUCAGAGGCGAAGGAGGCAGGACUUUCUCCGGCAAAAGUCCUCCCUGGGAUGCGCUGAUCCUCUUUACAUUGGCUAUUUGUUUAGUCUACCAAAACAUGGCAGAAUGCCAACAAUCGAAAAGGACAUUGACCAUGUUUUACAUUGAUAUCGAGGGAAAUUAAUUUUCAAUAUGUAUCGUUAUAGUUUUAUCACCCAGCCCUACAUCCAAGGAUCAAGUGUAUCUUCAUUAUAUCCUUGUUUCUUACUUAGGGGCACAGACUUAUUUAUCUGGUCCAUGCAAGAGCUCUGACAUGCUUGGUUUUGCAAUAUUUGAUCAAUACAGACAUUUAUAAGUCUUUUAGAGAAAAGAAGAAGACAGGAACAUCCCCAUCUUUGACAUUUUAUUAAACAGAAAGUUAGUUGUUUAUUUUCAUUUGUGAAGCAGCCUUAAUAGCUUAAUAGCUAACACCUCUAUAGUCUUACAUGUUUUCAUGUCAGUGUAUUACACCAAACACUUACACUCUCCCUAAAAUCUGCUUUUCUUUCCAGCGGCGCGUGUGUUGUUACAAGUACGUGUUGUGUGUUUGAGAGGUGUGUUUGCAGUCAGAGAAAGCUCAAGUAUGAAGAGGGGCAAGAACGCAGAGGAGACGGCCGCAGAUGGAGAGAACGAUUCCAACUCCGGUAUGUCGUUAAGUUCUGAUGUAAAGUCAUACCGACAUGUAGCAGCAGUUGCAUGAUUGUGUUGUGUAAAAAUUUCAAUGUGCAGCUUCUGCAAAGAAAACAAAGAAGGCCAAGGAGCCAGAGGCCCCGGUGAUGUACGAUGACCCCCCUGACAAAAUGACCAGCAAAGACGGACGCAGCGCCAACAUGAAGAUCACCUCGUGGAACGUGGAUGGGCUGAGAGCCUGGGUGAAGAAGAACGGCCUGGAUGUGAGUCGAAAUCCAAAACAAAACAAUAUAUUUCAAUGAAGUUUUUGGACUUUCAAUUUUGAAAAACGUGUCUUUGUCUGUGCAGUGGGUGCGUGAGGAGGCGCCAGAUGUGUUGUGUCUGCAGGAGACCAAAUGUGGACAGAAAGACCUCCCUGCUGAUAUCACCUCCAUGCCUGAGUACCCUCACAAGUACUGGGCUGUGUCGGAUGACAAGGAGGGCUACAGUGGUGUCGCCAUGCUCUGCAAGACUGAACCUGUCAAAGUCACCUAUGGCAUAGGUGAGAGGAAAACUACAACCACAAUCAAACCAAGCAGAUCUCAGUCCGGUGUUAGAUUGGGUGUUGCAGAGGGAGCAAUAGUUGUUUUUUCUACCUUUUGACAAAAGCCUGGUUAACUAUUUCCACUCACACUGUUAAGCUUUUCAGUAACAGUUUUCAUUUCUGUUAACACAGUAAUGCUCUUGGCAAGAGAAAAGUGAAAGCCUGUUUUAAAAUCUGAAGUUACAGAUUUGCUGUCGAAACUUCUGCUGCCAAUCUUUCAGGCAAAGAAGAGCACGAUAAGGAGGGCCGUGUCAUCACUGCUGAAUUCCCCGAUUUCUACCUCGUGACCGUCUACGUGCCAAAUUCAGGCAGAGGUCUAGUGCGCCAUGAUUACCGCAAAACCUGGGAUGUGGACUUCCGAGCAUACCUGACCGAGCUGGACAUACAGAAGCCUCUGGUGCUGUGUGGUGAUCUCAACGUUGCGCACCAAGAAAUCGACCUGAAGAACCCAAAGGGCAACAAGAAAAAUGCCGGUUUCACCCCGGAAGAGCGCGAAGGCUUCAGCCAGCUGCUGUCGUCCGGGUUUGUUGACAGCUUCAGGGAGCUCUACCCAGAGCAGGCCAACGCCUACACCUUCUGGACCUACAUGAUGAACGCCCGCGGGAAGAAUGUGGGCUGGAGGCUCGACUACUUUGUGUUGUCGUCUGGGCUGUUGCCAGGUCUGUGUGACAGCAAGAUCCGCAACAAGGCGAUGGGAAGCGAUCACUGCCCGAUCACUCUGCACAUCGCCGUGUAGGUCAGGUCAGGUCAGCAGAGCCACCGUACCUCUGCUUUUAUCUUAGUGCUACUGAUACCACUGGGUUGAAACCAUCAUGUACACCAGUGGUGAUCCAAGGAUUCCUACUUUAGACUGGGAUAUCCAACAUCCGUGGACAUUUCUCAUGGGUUUAGAGCUGCCCAGACUCUCUCUCUCCGUAGUUUCAGAGUAGGUUUAGUUAUCUUGUGCUUUUAUUUUCUCUUUUUCAUAUAGAAAGUCUGAAAAGUACAAUUCAUAAAGCCCAUUUGUCCUCAUCACGUGAGUUUGUCAGGAAAGCGAAUGUAGACUGAACUUCCGUAAAGAAGCAACACUAAAUAUUCCAAUUGUCUAAGCUGAAUUUAAACGCCUUACAGCAGGCUACAGGACCCGUUGUAUGCUUUUGUUUGUGAAAUUUAAACCACUGCUGUUACAGAAAAAAGUGACUUGCUCAACACAAAAAUGUUUGAAGCCCCUUUUCCAAACAAGUGUUAAACUUUCUGUAGUAUUACAUUCCCACAAUAAACACCAACUUUAUAGAAAC